AUGGUGCUUUGGAACAAUCUCCCACUCCUCUUUCCCUUGGUCUUGGCAGCGAAUGAUGAUAUAAACAGUGAAGACUUUGGCACCAUCGUCAUCGUUCUGGUUGUGUAAGCAUAAUAUUUUUUUGUAAAGGAGGUCUUCAGCAUAUUUGUUGGUCUGAUCCUGUUCGCCGGAAUAAUUGGAGCCAUCUUCUCCGUUGUGUCGUUGGUUUCGCAUCGAAAAGCGGUAAGAAUCGUCCUAGGAAAAACUUCCUUUUUCUGGCCCCGCGCUUCGCAGCUUGCGCCUUGGUUUCCCUGCAGACUGCGAAUAAAAAGAGGACACAGCCUAAGCGCUAAACAAAGCCUGAGGCUAAGCCUAAGCCUGAUAUCCUUUGCGACCGGAAUUGUUCGGGCGCAAGCUGCAAAAUCUUUCGCUGGCGCCAGAAAAAGGAAGUUUCACCACGUCCUGAUUUUUUUUUAUCAAAGAUCGCAAAGAUGAAUUGAAAAAAGGACCUUUUUGUCUAACCGGUACUCCUCGACUUUCUCUAAUCCCGCCGCAUUUUAGCAAUCCGAUCACAAGAAAUGGGAUGAGCAUAAGAGCAAAGUGAUGAAGAAACUGACCCCUUCCGACUAUUUCGUUACGCCCAACACCCAAACUACUCAAAAAACAACUCCGGAGGCCAAAACUUCAGGUGCCCAAGUCUCAAGUGGCGGAUAG